AUGGGAAUCGAUAAUAAGUCUAAAAAAAAACAAAUGACGAAUUCCUUAAAUAAAAAUCAUCUUGCUGUGAAUGUUUAUGCAAGUGAAUCAGAAGUUUUAUUCGAUCUUGGAUCAACAUUCGAAAUAAUUUCUAUCAAAGAAGAUUUUCAAUUAAAUCUAUGGUUAAUUAAAUUAAGAGCUAGUAAUAAAGGAACAAAAAUUGCUAAAGAAUAUAUUGAACUUAAUAGAAAAGAAGAAGAAGAAACAAGUAUUGAACUUAUUUUUGGUAAAUUACUAGCUGACAUGGGACAAUAUGAUCAAGCAUUGAAAUAUUUUCAAAAUUUGUUAUUAGAUGCUCAUACAAAAAAGGAUGAUAUUGCAACAAUUUAUAAUCUAAUUGGAACGAUCUAUUAUGAUAAAGGCGAUUUUAAGCAGGCACUUUAA